AUGGCGGCAGCGGCAGCGGGUGGUGCGGCCUCCGGGCUGCCGGGUCCAGUGGCACAAGGAUUGAAGGAGGCUUUGGUGGAUACCCUCACCGGAAUCCUGUCCCCAGUGCAGGAGGUGCGAGCGGCUGCCGAGGAACAGAUUAAGGUGCUCGAGGUGACAGAGGAAUUUGGUGUUCACCUGGCAGAGCUGACCGUAGAUCCCCAGGGAGCACUGGCAAUCCGUCAGCUGGCAUCAGUCAUCUUGAAGCAGUAUGUGGAGACUCACUGGUGUGCCCAAUCAGAGAAGUUUAGGCCUCCUGAAACUACAGAAAGGGCAAAAAUUGUUAUCCGGGAGCUAUUGCCCAACGGGUUGAGAGAAUCAAUAAGUAAGGUGCGCUCCAGUGUGGCCUAUGCAGUGUCAGCCAUUGCUCACUGGGACUGGCCUGAAGCCUGGCCCCAGCUCUUCAACCUGCUCAUGGAGAUGUUGGUGAGCGGAGAUUUAAAUGCAGUCCAUGGAGCCAUGCGAGUGCUGACAGAAUUCACUCGAGAAGUAACAGACACACAGAUGCCCCUUGUUGCUCCAGUCAUUCUUCCAGAGAUGUAUAAGAUCUUCACUAUGGCCGAGGUGUAUGGUAUUCGGACCCGUUCCCGAGCUGUGGAGAUUUUUACCACUUGUGCCCAUAUGAUCUGUAACAUGGAGGAACUGGAAAAGGGUGCAGCCAAAGUUCUGAUCUUUCCUGUGGUGCAGCAGUUCACAGAGGCCUUUGUUCAGGCCCUCCAAAUACCAGAUGGCCCCACAUCUGACAGUGGAUUUAAGAUGGAAGUCCUAAAGGCAGUGACAGCCCUGGUGAAAAACUUUCCAAAGCACAUGGUGUCCUCCAUGCAGCAGAUUCUGCCUAUUGUUUGGAACACCCUAACUGAGAGUGCAGCUUUUUAUGUGAGGACAGAAGUAAAUUACACAGAGGAAGUUGAAGAUCCUGUGGAUUCUGAUGGUGAAGUCCUGGGCUUUGAAAAUCUCGUCUUUAGUAUUUUUGAGUUUGUCCAUGCUCUCCUAGAAAAUAGCAAAUUCAAAAGCACUGUUAAGAAAGCCUUGCCUGAGUUGAUUUACUAUAUAAUCCUGUACAUGCAGAUCACUGAGGAGCAGAUUAAAGUAUGGACAGCCAACCCCCAACAGUUUGUAGAAGAUGAGGAUGAUGAUACUUUCUCCUAUACAGUUAGGAUUGCAGCUCAAGACCUAUUGCUGGCUGUGGCCACUGAUUUCCAGAAUGAGAGUGCAGCAGCCCUGGCUGCUGCAGCCACUCGGCAUUUACAAGAAGCUGAGCAAACCAAAAACAGCGGUACCGAACACUGGUGGAAGAUACACGAGGCAUGUAUGCUUGCCCUCGGCUCAGUGAAGUCUAUCAUCACUGACAGUGUGAAGAAUGGCAGGAUCCAUUUUGACAUGCAUGGGUUCCUGACCAAUGUCAUCCUUGCAGACCUCAACCUUUCAGUGUCUCCUUUUCUCUUGGGCCGGGCACUUUGGGCUGCCAGUCGGUUUACUGUUGCUAUGUCCCCUGAAUUGAUCCAGCAGUUUCUACAGGCAACAGUUAGUGGUCUUCAUGAGACACAGCCCCCAUCAGUUCGAAUUUCUGCCGUGAGAGCCAUCUGGGGUUAUUGUGACCAACUAAAAGUCUCAGAGAGUACCCACGUGCUUCAGCCCUUCCUCCCCAGUAUCCUGGAUGGCUUAAUUCACCUAGCAGCCCAGUUCAGCUCAGAGGUCCUCAACCUGGUGAUGGAGACCCUGUGCAUCGUUUGUACAGUAGACCCAGAGUUCACAGCAAGCAUGGAAAGCAAAAUCUGCCCCUUCACCAUCGCCAUUUUCCUGAAGUACAGUAACGAUCCUGUCGUCGCCUCGCUGGCCCAGGAUAUCUUCAAGGAGCUGUCCCAGAUUGAAGCCUGUCAGGGCCCAAUGCAGAUGAGGCUGAUUCCCACUCUAGUGAGCAUAAUGCAGGCCCCAGCAGACAAGAUCCCUGCAGGACUGUGUGCGACGGCCAUUGAUAUCCUGACUACAGUAGUACGGAAUACAAAGCCUCCCCUUUCCCAGCUACUCAUCUGCCAAGCUUUCCCAGCCGUGGCACAAUGCACCCUUCACACAGAUGACAAUGCCACCAUGCAGAAUGGUGGAGAGUGCUUGCGGGCCUACGUGUCAGUGACGCUGGAGCAGGUGGCCCAGUGGCACGACGAGCAGGGCCACAAUGGGCUGUGGUACGUGAUGCAAGUGGUGAGCCAGCUCCUGGACCCUCGUACCUCCGAAUUCACUGCGGCCUUUGUGGGUCGCCUCGUCUCCACCCUCAUCUCCAAGGCAGGGCGGGAGCUGGGGGAGAACCUGGACCAGAUUCUUCGUGCCAUCCUCAGUAAGAUGCAGCAGGCAGAAACGCUCAGUGUCAUGCAGUCUCUGAUCAUGGUGUUCGCUCAUCUGGUGCACACUCAGCUGGAACCCCUCUUGGAGUUCCUGUGCAGCCUCCCGGGACCUACUGGCAAACCUGCCCUGGAGUUUGUAAUGGCUGAGUGGACAAGCCGACAGCAUCUGUUCUAUGGACAAUAUGAGGGCAAAGUCAGCUCUGUGGCACUGUGUAAACUGCUCCAGCAUGGCAUCAAUGCAGAUGACAAACGGCUACAGGAUAUCCGCGUGAAGGGAGAGGAGAUCUACAGCAUGGAUGAGGGCAUCCGCACCCGCUCUAAGUCAGCCAAAAACCCUGAGCGCUGGACAAACAUUCCUUUGCUGGUCAAGAUCCUGAAGCUGAUCAUCAAUGAGCUCUCCAACGUCAUGGAGGCCAACGCUGCACGCCAGGCCACUCCUGCAGAGUGGGGUCAAGAUGACUCCAAUGAUAUGUGGGAGGACCAGGAAGAGGAUGAAGAAGAGGAAGAGGAUGGUUUAGCUGGCCAACUCUUAUCUGACAUUCUCGCUACAAGUAAAUAUGAGGAGGAUUACUACGAGGAUGAUGAGGAAGAUGACCCUGAUGCCCUAAAGGAUCCUCUCUAUCAGAUUGAUCUGCAGGCAUAUCUCACGGACUUCCUCUGCCAGUUCGCUCAGCAGCCCUGCUACAUAAUGUUCUCAGGCCACCUUAAUGACAACGAGAGGCGGGUUCUGCAGACCAUUGGCAUCUAAAAAACGGAGACUUUCCACAUCUGCUCCUCCUGGCCUAGCCACAAACCAUUUUGCAGCCCUAAACUGGCCUCGAGAUGUACUUUCUUUUCAACCUAGAGUGGCCUCCUGACUCUUGGCCCUUGGCCUUUGCAGAGUGACAAUUCAGACCAAGCUCACCAGUGCUGUCACUUAGGAAUACUGGAACAAAGGACAUUUCUCAAAGACUCCCUGAAGAGACUCCAUCUCUAGAACCUUUUUCUCCCCAACUGUGCCCUCACCUGUGUUCCUAGAGUCCUCUGCUGGCCACUCCAGAAACAUAUUGCCCAGAAGGAUUAAGUGUUCAUGGAUUAUUUUGCCCCACCUCAGGAGCACAGGAAGUCAUGACCAUUUAUAUUCUAAAACAGACCUGUUUACUUUCAUAGGACAUCUGAUGUGUUCAGAUAGGAAUACCCUUGAGAGAUGAUUCUGCUUUCUGCCCUCCACCACAGAUGUUCUGGGUUCUCCAUAGGAACGAGAGAGAGCUACAUUCUGAGCCCUCUCCAGUGACCUCUCCUUGUCUCCCUCCUAUAACACUAAGGCUCCCCUGUCAAAGGAAGUCAUCUUGUUUUUGCCUCAUUGCAUGACACAGCCCCUCCCCCUAAGCUAUCCCUGUGUAUACAUGCACACACACAAAAUAAGCCAGACAGAUGGCACGUUGGUUUUCCUUUUUUAGAAGAAAAAAAAAAAAGGAAAAACAUUUUUUUAAAAGUCCUCCUGACACAACCAUAUUUAAUAUUCCUCUCCCACACGUCACCACACAGUCUGAUAUUCAAAGGUUACCCCAUCUCCCUCAGAAAUCCUCUAAAGUGGUUAAGUUGUAGCCCUCAAAUUUGCAAUGUGUAUUUUUCUAGGAGAGUAAAGUAAUCUUUA